AGCACAUCCGGGUGAGUGAAGCUUCUACGCGCCUUUUCGCUUUAAGGAAUAUGUCUCUAGAGUCAGCAGCGCUAGUGUUAUCUGUAUAAUGUUGUUUUGUAUUCACAAAACAUUCGUAUCAAGUUUAACUCCAUACUAUAGAUAAACUAACACCUGACCAUGUUGUUGCCGUCGGAUGUGGCGAGACUUGUGCUUGGAUACCUCCAGCAGGAAGGACUGAGUGCUACAAGUCGAGCAUUUAUCCUGGAGAGUCCUAACCUGAGAGAGUAUGCUGAACACAGCUCUGAGGAUGGAGUUAUUCCUGCCUGCGUGUUUUCUCUUUUUGGCAAAAACCUGACCACCAUUUUGAGCGAAUACGUUGCUGUAAAAGCAAAAGAAACAUGUCCGGAAAAUCAAAUACCUGCUGUCAUGACUUCGUUAUGGAAAAAGCUGGACUUCACUCUCAACCAAAUCAAAUCUAUGCAAAACUCUCCCGCUGUUCAACAAAUCCAGCGGCUCCGGACCCAUAACAGCAUUCAGAACAUGCGACGACAGAGACCCCUGUCCUCACCUCAGACUCCUGACGGAUCCAUAACAGUGUCCACACCAGGGAACUGUGUCCCCAGGCCUGUCCCAGUUUCUCAGGGCAUUCUGGUUCACUCCACCCCCGUGUGCUACACCUCCCAGCACAUGAGACCAUCCACCAUCAGCCUCCCCCAGUCAGAAGAGACACCUUUGCAAAUAAUUGUACCUGACCAAAGAUUUACCCCAGGACCAUUAUCUCCAGCUCGCAGGAAAUGCGACUCUCCACGGCGAAGAGGAGGCCAGUUGGGAAUUAGCAGAGGUGUUACGGUGACCAGCAUGCUCACAGUGGAAUCACAGAGCCAGGAGGCUUUGACAGAGAAUUUAUCGCAAAUGGUGAUUGAGAAUGUUCGAGAGAAGAUCCUGAAGGACCGAUCUUUACAAGAAAAACUUGCAGAAAAUAUCAACAAAUUCAUCAUUCCUAGCGAAAACAGCCCACAGACAUCUAAGGUAGUGUGCAGCACAGUGGAGCAAGAACAGUCUAUAGAUGAAAUACUGGGCCUACAGGGAGAAUUUCACAUGACCGAUGAGGCCAUUCAGGACAUCUUAGAACAGACAGCGUCAGACCCUGCCUUCCAGGCUCUUUUUGAACUCUUCGAUUAUGGAAAAAAUAAAACACCUGAAAGUAGUGAGAGUGCUGAAAGAAGUAACAGUGCUCAGGAGAGUGAUGAGCCUUUACAUAUAGACAGUGCUACAGACACAGGAACUGGACAGGACGAUUCUACAUCAGGUGCAGAAACCACCACAAGAAUCCUAAGGAGUAGAAAUGUAAAAGAUGCUAAAAGUAAAAGGAAGGCGGCCAUUCCUCUCAGUACAGGCAAGCCGGUUAAUGCACCCUCUCAAUCAUGUGCAGGAUCUAAACAAAAAGCAACUCCGACAAGAACUCCAGAAAACAAAAAUGCUGCCAGCAGAAGAAGAGUCUCAGGCAGCAAGAACCAGACCAGAGGCACAAGCUCCACCUUAAAAAGCCAGCUGAAAAACAGAACAUCGUAUAAAUCAUCCUCUGAUCCAAAUGCAUCAACCUCAUCUCUAUCUGAAGAGGGAGCAAGCAUGGAGGUGGAUAAUCCAACAUCUAAAAUGUCUCGAGACUGCAAUGCUGAUGGGACACCACAACGAUUACUUCAGGAGGUCUCUUCAACAAGUAGUAAAAAACUUCCAGUUUCCACUACGCAAGCAGAAACCACCCCCAAAGUGGGAGCGGAGACAUCAGGGGCUACAUCUGGAGCAGAUAAGUCAGGAAGGACACAACUAGCUUUUGAAGCUUCAGGUCAAAGUGAGCCUUCGAUCUUAAAAGCAAAGGAUAUCUCCAUAUCUAAGCAAGCGUCAAGUCAUCAGCCAGCAACAAAUGAGGUUACUUUACUUAACACAGUAAUACAGGAGGAGUCAAGCUCCAAUACAACAAAGACCAGCAGUCCAGGACCCUUGGAGCCAUCAGCUUCAGUUGGAUCUGAGUCUAUAGCCAGCUCCUCAACCUCCUCUUCCACAAUGAUCAAUCCUUCUGAGUCUCAAACCACUGAGUCUGAUCCUAAUAAGAUAGUAACUCUUAAGAUUAUUGUCAGUGAUGAGCAAGAUCAGCAGAGCAGUGACUCUGCUCUGAACCAAGCUGUCUCCAGCAUCAGCGGUGAUCGCAUACCCACAAUCUUCCUGUCCUCCCCAGGCAAAGUUCAGUCUAAUGUAGUGCCUUCUUCCCCUGCCUCCUCAAUCACCGCAGAGGAGACAGCACAGGCAGUGAGCAACUUACAGGGGUCCGAGUCCACCGGAGACCAGGCCGUUAGCACGCAGAACAAUUUGCAGUCUCCACAGGCACGACUCAAGGCACCGGAGACUGGAUUCAUCCAGCUGUUACCUGCUAACCCAACAUUCGGAGGAGCAAGCAGCUAUUUUGUUGUGACUGAUCAGGGUUCAGUUGACCAGCAUUCCAGUAUGAUGCUGCUUGCAGGUGGUGCAGGAGAAGGAACAGUAUGUUCACCACCACACGUUGUGGCUACACCACCUCGACCUCAGGCUGUGGUUUCUAUCGCUCAAAAUGUAUCUCGACCUUUCUCAUCUGCAUCAGCCAUCAUCAUUUCCUCACCAGUGCAGCCCAUGAUACAGAAUGUGACAGUCCCAGUGUCUGUCUUAGGACAGAACAGUACAGGAAAAGUCACUGUGGUACCCAGUCAGAUGUUCACAUUGCCGGGUCCAAAAUUGUUGAACCAAUCAGCAAAGGUUGUGUCGAAACAUAAGGACAAUGUGGAACCAGGCAAAAAUGUGACUCCUGUUAGUGGGUCUAAUCAAGCCUCAAACAGCUCUCAAGCUUCAGAGCAGCUGAACAACAGUAUUGGAGUAGGCCCUAGUCACCGAAGAAUACUUUGCUUUGAAGAAAACACUGGUCAGCAAUUACAAAUGCAGCUGCAGCCUCACCUGUUAUGAAGGAGUCCACAAGGACAGAGCAAACCCAUGCUGUUUCAAGUAACGCUAAAGCCAAGAGAAGAGUCGAGACCUUAAGAUUAUCAGAGCCAAGCCAGAGUAUAGGAACAAAGGAAUCUGCAAAAGCUUCUUCACCUCAGCAGCAAACG